AUGGCAAAGAAUGCGAGUGCGCCGUACUCUAGCUUCCUAGGCUCGGAAACCGUCUCCCUCAGAGCAACAGAAGCCGGCCAACCCCUCCACAUCCACCACAAGCUUUUAGCUUCGACCUCAAAGCCUAUCGCUGCCGCCUUUGAAAGCGGGUUCGAAGAGGGAAAGAAGAGAGUCUACACAUUCCAGGACGUGUCCGAGGCCACUCUCGCCCGGUUUAUUCAGUGGGCCUACACUGGCCACUACCCAGAGACAAUUGAAGGAGCACAAGAAGAAAAGGAUGAGAUCGCCGACGGCCAAGUCAACCAGCCGAACAUCGACAAGCUCUUCGAUCUUGACAGAUUUGGUACUAAGCCCAAACCCAACAACACCACACUGACACCAUUCCUUCUCAAGCGAAAGGCAGAGGAAGCGGGUUCAUUCAGAGGCAAGCGUAGAAGAGACUCCAUCUCUUGCUCGCCCCCCACCCCGACUCGAAACAUACAGAGUCAUUCCUUGCUGACGCACCUUGACCUCUACGUUUUCGCCAGGAUCUAUAUGAUCCGCGACCUCCGACGUCUCGCAUUCGAUCGAGCAACAGCCAUGCUGAUGGAGAUAAACUACCUCACUGCACCAGAGUGGAAAAAGGAUUUCAUCGCUGCGCUGCGUAUAUCAUUCACGCAGCUUGUUCUCGACGACAAGCUGGCCAAGUGGCUGGCUCAGUACGCGGCGUACAAUGUGACCCAUUUGCGUGUCUUUCCAGACUUCCACGCGUUGUUGAAGGAAAUUCCCGAAGUCGCUACGCAGAUGAUGCUGUCCUUGGGUGCUGCUCGACCCCCAUGGCAGAAAACGGGCUGCUUGAAAAACGGUGAGAGUGCUGAGGCCAUGUUUGAGAUUUAUCACUCCGGCGAUGACUAUUAA